GAAACAGCAGUGCAGCAAUACCUCUAUGCUCUUUCAUCAAACCCUCAGUUUUGUCUUGAAGCUCCUACAUCAGAAUGGCCGCACACUGAGACUUCAGUUUAAGGUAUGGUUGAGGUCACAAGCCAGCAAGGAGUGGUCCUUGCUUUGGUGUCUCUGGCCACACUUGGGUUUGUUUCUGCUAUCUGCCUGGGCUGUAGAAAGAAAUCCAAGAUAGUUCAGGAGGAUAACCAGCUUUAUAUUCCACAAAUAUUUGGAAAUAAGUUCCGUGUUUACUGUUUUGGCUUAUUCAGUCAGCGAGAGGGGAGCAGAUUCGCUGUGACAAGAUCAAAAACAGUGACGAGGCCUAACCAGAUCACCUCAGAGGCGUCUCCAACUGUGGGGAACAGUCAACGUGCAUCUUAUGUCCAACCACAGGCUGUUGAGGACAUCCAAGGCAGUUACCAGAACAUUUCCAAGCCUUGUUGUGGAAGUCUGGAACCCACUUAUGUACAUCCAAUUCCAACCCCACCUGUUCCAGACGAGCUUACAGACAACGAUAUAGAUGGAGAUGCAUAUGAGAAUGUUUUUCCAACAAAGAACAUUGACCAUUACUCAGACAGCGAGGAUUAUGAAAACGCUGAUUUCCUGAAAAGCAAAGAUGACGAAGAUGAACCCGAUUAUGUGAAUGCUCAGCCGGACUAAACCAACAUCUUUAUUGUUAUGAAACUUUACAAGUUAACUUAUUAGAGUAUUAGAUAUAAUUUUACUUUAAUGUUAGGUUGUUAGAUGGAGAGUAAACGAUGUCUGUCCCUCUUGUGAAAUUAUGUUUGUAACAAAAUGUUUUGUAAAAGACAUGUAAGACCAAUUAAACUUUUUUUAUUAAUAAACUAC